AUGGUGCUCAGCUCAGAUCAGAUGCGUUCCUUUUUGCCAUUAGCGGUUCCUCCUGAUGACGGAAACCCUGGUCCUGUUCCAGCAUCCCAAGUGAAGGAUGAGAAGCAAUUGGGUGAGGAGGUGAGCAAAACCAAAACCACAACCAACUUGAACUUGUCUUCUUCUUCUUCUUCAGUUUCGACGCAUACUAGGGCUAUUGGGAUCAUUCAUCCUCCGCUAGAAAUUAGAAUCGUUCUUGACAAAACUGUCGAAUUCGUGGCAAAGAAUGGACCCGGAUUUGUGAAAAGGGUCGUUGCUGAGAAUACCGGAAAUCAAAAGUUCAACUUUUUGAUUUCCACAAGCCCUUUUCACGCAUAUUAUCAGCAUCGCUUGCUUGAGUUCUGUGCUCAAAAUCAGUCUUCUGGACAGCAACAGCAACAGCAAGAGCAACCUUCUUUGCAGCAGCCUGCAGCUUCUGCUGCAGAUCCCUCUGCCCAGUUUAAACCAGUGCUCAAAGUGCUCGAAACACCCGAAGCUGGGGAUUAUACUGUUCGGCUUCCUCAAGGAAUUACUGGGGAAGAGUUAGAUAUUAUUAUGCUCACAGCCCAGUCCGUGGCUCGAAAUGGGAAAUCUUUUUUGAAAGGAUUGGCAAAAAGGGAAAUCAAUAACCCCCAGUUCCAUUUUCUGAUGAUUCCUACCCACAAAAUGUUCACGUUUUUCUUUUCUCUUGUAGAUGCGUAUUCAAAGGUGGUGAUGCCGCCGAAGGGUUUGACAGAGAAGCUUAAGAAAAGUGUUGCAGACAUGGAAACUGUGCUUGAAAGGUGUGUGCAUCGGCUGGAGUGGGAACGUUCACAAGAGCAGGCAAAGCAGAAGGCUGAAGAUGAGAUUGAGGAGGAAAGGAUACAAAUGGCUAUGAUUGAUUGGUAUGAUUUUUCUCUGGUUGAAACGAUAAACUUUGCUGAUGAUGAGGACGAGGAUUUACGUCCUCCAAUGGUCCUUGAGGAGGUUAUAAGGAGAAGCAAGGUCACAGAUAUGGAAGAAGAUAUUGUUCAGCCUGGUGAGCAGGUGGAAAUGGAAAUGGAUGAAGAAGAGAUGCAGCUUGUUGAGGAGGGCUUCAUGACAGAGGAUCCAGAACCACCACUGAGAAUUGUGAACAAUUGGAAGAGACCCGAGGACAGGAUCCUUGCCCAAAGAGACCCAACAAAGUAUGUCAUUUCUCCAAUCACUGGGGAGCUUAUCCCUAUCAAUGAGAUGUCUGAACACAUGAGGAUUUCUCUAAUUGAUCCAAAAUAUCAAGAGCAGAAAGAAAGGAUGUUUGCCAAGCUUUGGAAGACUACGCUUGCUCAGGAUGACGAAAUCUCAAGAAACAUUCUUGGCCUUGCACGAACCCGCCCUGAUAUUUUUGGUACCACAGAGGAAGAAGUUUCUAAUGCUGUCAAGGCUGAGGUUGAAAGAAAGAAAGAUGAGCAACCACAACAGGUCAUCUGGGAUGGUCACACUGGAAGCUUUAGCCACACAGAAAAUCAUGUCCUUAACAAUGAUGCAAGGAACCUUCCUGGUCCUGCAGCUCCUCCUCUGUCAAGACCCCCAGUUGUCCAAUAUCAAUCAGUUAGACCACCCCCACCUGGUUCUCAUUUUACAGUCAUGCAAUUUCCCCGAACUUAUAACCCUCUUGCUGUUCCUCCACCUACAAUACAGAUGAUGCCACCACCACCUUUGCCUCAGGGGAUGUCUCCACCACCACUUCCAGAAGAACCUGCGCCAAAGCGGCAGAAGCUUGAUGAUUCUAUGCUUAUUCCAGAAGAUCAGUUUUUGGCACAGCAUUCGGGACCUGUCCACAUAACAGUAUCUGUCCCCAAUGUUGGUGAAGGUAAUCUGAAGGGACAACUUUUGGAGAUUAUGGUGCAGUCUUUAUCUGAAAAUGUUGGAAGUCUGAAAGAAAAAAUUUCUGGGGAGAUCCAGCUUCCUGCAAACAAGCAGAAACUGAGUGGAAAACCUGGUUUUCUCAAGGACAAUAUGUCGCUGGCAUAUUACAAUGUUGGAGCAGGAGAAACACUUACUCUUUCAUUAAGAGAGCGUGGUGGAAGAAAGCGAUGA